AUGGAGGCCUACAACCAGUCUGCAUCCUUCAACUUCAGCCUGCCACCCAACUUCGGCAAGCGCCCCACCGACCUGGCCCUUAGCAUCAUCUUGGUAGCCAUGCUGCUCAUCGUCAUGCUCUCGUUGGGCUGCACCAUGGAGUUCAGCAAGAUCAAGGCUCACUUCCUGAAGCCCAAGGGGUUGGCUAUCGCCCUAGUGGCCCAGUAUGGCAUCAUGCCCCUCACCGCCUUUGUGCUGGGCAAGGCCUUCCAAAUGAGCAAAAUCGAAGCACUGGCCAUCCUGAUCUGCGGCUGUUCACCCGGAGGGAACAUGUCUAAUCUCUUCAGUUUGGCCUUGAAGGGGGACAUGAAUCUCAGCAUUGUGAUGACCACCUGUUCCACCUUCCUCGCUCUGGGGAUGAUGCCUCUCCUCUUGUACAUCUACAGCAGGGGCAUCUACGAGGGGGACUUCAAGGACAAGGUGCCCUACCGCGGUAUCAUGAUAUCCCUGGUCAUGAUCCUCAUUCCUUGCACCAUAGGGAUCAUCCUCAAAUCCAAAAGACCACAAUAUGUAUCCUAUGUCAUCAAGGCGGGGAUGUUCCUCACUCUCUCAUUCAGCAUUGCCGUCGCCGUCCUCUCUGCCAUCAACGUGGGCAACAGCAUCAUGUACGUCAUGACUCCGUACUUUCUGACCAUCUCAGCCCUCAUGCCUUUCAUCGGCUUCCUGCUGGGCUAUCUUCUCUCUGCUCUCUUCCGCCUCAAUGCACAGUGCAGACGUACCAUCAGCAUGGAGACAGGAUUCCAAAACCUGCAGCUUUGUUCCACCAUCCUCAAUGUGACCUUUCCCCCUGAAGUCAUCGGACCACUUUUCUUCUUUCCUCUCCUCUACAUGAUUUUCCAGCUUGCAGAAGGCCUUUUCAUCAUUGCUGUUUUUCGGUGCUAUUUAAGAUUCAAGCCUUCCAAAGAUGAAACAAAAAUGAUCUACACAGCUGCCGCAACUGAAGAACUUCCAGGAAAUCUGGAGAAUGGCACCGUCAAGGGAGAGGAAAGCUCCCCCUGCACAGACUAA